AUGCGACGAGCGUUUGCGAUUGAUCGCUUCGAGACUGUAGCGGAUGAAUCUGUGCCGAAGCCAGAGUUCCGGCAGAUGACAGUCGAAGCGAAGUACAACCACGCCAGCCAUCUCUUUGCCAACGAGAUUAAGGCCGAUGGAUACAAUGCGUCAAUUCUAUACUACCGACCGAAGCAAGAUGAGCCGGAGCGUGGAGAAGACGAUCCUCUCGUUCCAGCUGGCUAUCUGCCUGACGUAGUCAUCGGUCUCGAUCCCGGCAUGCGGUCGGUGUGUACAGCAGCUCGCCAAUACCUUCGACCUCAGGCUCCUCGUCGACGCAAGCCGAGAAGGGUCCGUCGUCCAAGACAACAGAAGAAGAAGAACAAGCGCAACUUCCCCAAGUGGAUUCGUCAACCAAAGAUUUUACGCCUAGGGCAGUGCCCGGGCAGAGAGACCGUCAGCGUCACCACUCGCGAGUGCAGGCAUCUUGCCGGGUUCAACCGCUUCCGCGCUUGGAACGAGAGCCAAAAGAGGAAGUUUCCCGAGUACAAGAAGGUAAUCGACGGUAUGCCUUCAUUCAAGACAGCGAACUAUGAACAGUACCUGAAGCAACUCGAGUACUUUUGGCAACACGCGGCGUACAUCCUACAGAUUUGCAAAGAUGACCGUGCCUGA